AUGGUCACGGCAUCUUGGGCAUGGAAUGCUCAGACCGAAGCCAAGCUCUCCGCCAUGUCAGACCCUCCUACCUUUGAUUUGGGCGAUGGUCCUUUCUUCACCUCUGCUUUCACCGUCUAUAUGUUCUUCAAAUUCUUCUAUGAGAUGAUGCAGACAUACAUCUACUGGCUGAUGGCUGAAAUCAAGGGAGCACAGGGAGAUGGUGAUGUCGCGCGCACAACUGGGAUUUUGCGAUCCUGGGAAUCUAUUGGGAGUACCAUUGCCUACGGAGUUGGUGCCAGCCACUGGUCCAACUUGAACCAGAUGAUCCUGGGAUUUGUGCUGUGGGGCUUUACCAUUCCUUUCACCAUUCUGGCAGUCUUUGGCGAUUGGAACCAGCCGCAGCCUUCGCCGGGCGAGGAUCAGACUGGUGACCAAACGGAUUCCAGCAGCCUCGAGGCCCAAAGCGUUGUUGUCAGUGCCAUAGGGAAAGACUAG